GCUUGAACAACCCACUCACUCAUGCAAAAAUCAUUGUCUUCCAGCUUGCAAUGCGACCUCUAACUCUUCAUGUAUCUGCACUCAACGAUCUCGAGUACAACUUAUACACAUCAUCUCUCAAUGACCUCGCCGUUUCACCUGACUCUACCACCGUCCACGACGAUGCCCACUUUGAAGCAAUGUCCGUUGGCGUCCGCGAAGUCAGAGCAUGGCUGCGAGGCAGAUAUCCUCAUCUACCAGCUGCUGAUAUUGACAAGAUCUUGAAACUCUUCUACCCAAACCUGCUCCAUACAGAUUAUCUCACUGGCGGCCAGUUUUUUGCUGCACUAAGGCUUGUCCUUCACGCCGUGUCAGGUAAACGCGUUGAUAGAACUCUCGCGUUUGUGCAAGCCCACCCAAUCCCAGAAGUUCUUGAACGAUCAAGAUCAACUUCUCCUUCCAAGCGUCAAGUCCACGCUCCACCUGUUCAUCCCGGCCGACCUAAACAAUAUGCCACAUCCUCCAACUCUUCCUCCCCAGACACGAAUCCCUUUCGCAAAUCACUCGAGUCUGAUACGCAGCAGUCUUUAUCCUCUGUUCCGGAUCAAUGCGACACCCCUCCUGUCAUUCCCUGUCGUCCGCCACAGAAGAUCAGCCAUAAUCCGUUCUUGAUGCGUGACAAAGCAAAUGGGACAGACGCUGUCAUCACAUCACCCGAGCGGCGCAAGGAUGGCAAAAUUCCACCGCUUCCUCCUCGAAAACCAGCACCCUUGGUUGCUCAAGCACGUCGCACAUCAUCAGCCCAGCCUCUAGGCGCGCCUGGUCUGGCAGCAUUUCAUCCUUCUCACAAUAUUAAACCAAGUCACAUCAUGAGUCCCCUAAUGAAACAAUCACUGGAGGCUAGCAAGCACGGUCAGAACAUGAAGCGUGUUGAAGAACAGCUAGAUCGUGAGCGAGUUCUACAGGUGCUCAAGACGACGUCAUCCGGCUCGUCGGCGAGCAGCAGGCCACGCAGCCUAAGUCCCACAAAGCAGCUCCGCAAAGGAUUCGGGAGUCGUUCGUCUGGAUCUGAAGACACGUGUCCUGCACCUCCACUUCCCCGCCGACGAAUACCCAGCUCUCCAUCAUCAACGUCAAGUUCCCUGCCGUCCAUCGACCAAGUGGCAAGCGCUAGCUUAAACACCCAGUCCUCACAUACGCCCACCCUAUUCCGCCCACCAAUUCCCAGCAGAGAAUCCACGCUUCCAAUUACGACACCAGACAGCUCGUCCCAACUACCCGCGCCACCGACUCACCCAGAUCGUAGACCCACAAACGACACAGCAGAGUCCACCACCUCCACCUCCACGCGUCCAACACGGUCCAAGUCAUUGCACCACACUGCAACGCCCCCACUUCCCCCUCCUCGGCGCAAGCGUCCCGAGAGCAUCCAACUCACUACAGCGUCAAGCACAUCGGAGCUCCCCUCGUCCGCAUUUCCCUCGCACACACGAACAUCCUCAUCCUCAUACCACGGCCUAUCUCGUCAUAUCUCCCUCACGAGAGACCGCGACGCCACCGACGCCUCGCCGAUGUCGCACAUCCAGAAGACUAUCUCAAAUUUCCAACUCAAAGCCCAGCCGAAACUGGAUGCGGCGCGGUACAAAGCCGAGGCGGGUCUCAGUCGGCGGGGGUUCGUUCAUCAUUCGCAUGUUGGUGCGCCUGGGAGAUGGGUGGAGGAGGGUGAGCAGGGGUUGAUGACGGGUACCCAUCGGGAGGAGGAGGGCGACGACGGUGCUCAUGUUGAUCGCGAUCCGUAUACUGAGCCUCAUUCUGACGACGAGCCGAGCUCAGGGGAAGACGCGGAGCAGAUGAAGAGCUCUGCAGUACAUCGCGACUUUCUGAAGGAAGCAGACAACCUCAAAUGGCCAGCAGGCGAGGGGUGGCGACCGCUGUAGCCUGACAGACAAAUACCUACGAUAGGGUAUUCACGAGUCAUGAUUCAGCAAGCAAGGGGGUAAUCGUGCACUCAUUACACUUGUCGUAUCUAUAUC